CUUUGGGCCACAGGGGCUGGUAAGUAACAACAGGAGACGAAAGUCGAGGCUGUUAAGGAUAGGGACCCGCGGGGCAAACUCUAGCGAGGGGCGGGUCGGGAGUUGCCGGGCUAGGACUACAGUCCCCAGCAUGCCCUGGGAACGCGCGCUAGGCGUCUCGGGAAAUGUAUUCUUCCUCCCGGGGCACCACCCUCUAACUUGUUCUGGUUAAGGCCGGUUGCUGAUUCAUUGAAACUGUACGGUGCCCAGCCCACGGUUUUGCACAGAAGGACCAUCAGGGAAGAAAUGGCACUUCAGUAUCCCAAUCUGUAAAAUGGGCUUAAAGGCUUGUUUCAGUUUUAAGUUCUGUGCUUUGAUGAUGCUGAAUUCCACCAACAAUCACUGAGGUACCGAGAUACGUGAGCCCUGCCCUCAAAGGGCUCCCAGGCUGAGGCAGAUUCUCACAGAUAAAAGAGAUAUUAAAAGAACCGCCUUGGAAGUAUGAACAAAUGGCCUUAAGUAGAAGGAAGAAGUUAAUUUAAAGGAGGGGUGAAUCUGGAGGCUGCACUGAGGAGGCAGUAUUUGAAUUUGGCUUUAAUAGGACUUCAACCAUGACUUGGGGACAGGGAACACAUUUCAGGAGAACAACCGUUUGGCAAAUGUCUGGUGCCCUAUUUUCCCUCAGUUGGAAUGGGACAGAGCCUGCCUGGCUUAAAAGGUGGAGAAUUCAGAGUGGAGCUUCCGGGUUCAGGAAGAGCCAGCCUGGAAGAAGUGGUCAAGAAGCAAGGGGUUGGGGUGCCCUCAUUCCUCCCCCCCUUUUCCCACCAGAGGAUCCCCAGGCUGACUCCUCAAUCUCACCCCUUCCCCACUUGGAGUCCAAGAUCCAACAGACACACAGCCUUGCCCGCCUCCUCACCAAAUAUGCUGAGCAGCUGCUCCAGGAAUAUGUGCAGCACCAGGGAGACCCCUUCGGGCUGCCUGGCUUCUCGCCCCCGCGGCUGCCGGUGGCCGAUCUGAGCGCCCCGGCCCCGGGCCACGCGGGCCUGCCAGUGCCCGAGCGCCUGCGGCUGGACGAGGCGGCGCUAGCCGCGCUGCCACCGCUGCUGGACGUCGUGCGCCGCCGCCAGGCCGAGCUGAACCCGCGCGCGCUGCGCCUGCUGCGGCGCCUGGAGGACGCAGCGCGCCAGGCGCGGGCCCUGGGCGCCGCUGUGGAUGCCGUGCUGGCCGCGCUGGGCGCCGAGACCCGCGCGCCCCGAGCGGAGCCCGCCGCCGCCGCCAUCGCCGCGGCCACUGCCACCGCGGGCGUCUUUCCGGCCAAGGUGCUGGGGCUCCGCGUGUGCGGCCUCUACCGCGAGUGGGUGAACCGCACCGAGGCCGACCUAGGCCAGCUGGCGCCCGGGGGCCCGGCCUGAGAGCGGGGCACGCGCCGCAGCUCGCGGUCCCCUCCUGGGCCGUCUCCGCCUCUCCAUCCCUCUCCAUCUCCGGCAGCGUCUCUGUGUUCUCCGACCGUCUCCAUCUCUCUAUUUGCUUUGUACGCUCUCGAUCUCUUUUUCUCCCUGGGGCCUCCUUGUCUGCGUCUUUGACUUCCCAUGGCUAUCACUUCCUUGCUUUCCCCGUCUUUUUCUCCAUUGCUUGGGCCUGCCUCGCUGAGGAUCUCUGUCUCCUCUUGGCCCCAUGUGAGCGUGUGUACAUCUGCGCCUCAUCUCAAGGAGGGGACACCUGGCACUCUGUUUCCCUCUGUCCUUCUCUCUGUCCUUUCCUGGCUAGGGAUAUGUCUGCUGACCCUGUGGUGGGUGGGCUGCUCCAGACAAAUUUCAGCCACCUUCCCCCAGGGUCACUCCACCUGCUGCUCUCCCCCUCCCCCAUCCCACCCUUUGCGGCCCUGCCCCCUUGCCUCUGAUGUCCUUUCCCUUCUUCCCCUCCCUCUGCCCUAUCCCUGUACCUUCCCUUCCCCCCAAGUUAGGUCUACUGGAGAGAAAAAAAAAAUCACCCCUUAAAAAGAGUUUUAUUUACGAGAAUAAAUUAAUUUUUUGUAAAUAAAAUGUUUAAAAAUAAAAAGAACACUAAAGUUACCAGUAUAUAUAGUUGUUGAAAAUGGGGAGACACCUUUAAGGAGAAUAAGGUCCUUGGGUUACAAACUGGUUCCCCCAGACAUCCGCAAAAGCCACAGUAUAAAUAGGAGAUUCCUGAGAGCCCCAGGCCAGGGAUGCCAUCUCUCCGCCCAGAACAGGAAGUGGAUGUGUCCUGAGCAGGAAACAGAUGUGACACGAAUCCUUAGUUUUUCAAGAAUCGGAUGUCCAUUGAAUAGGAAGUGAAGCCCCUUAAGAUGGGAAGUUGGAACAGUGGCCACAGUCGGAGAGGUAGACUAGGGGAGGAAAUGAGCUCCAGCAAGAAGGGAGGCCUAGUUGCUCAGAAAGUCCAUAUCUUCAUACAGGA